AUGGUCGAGGAAAAAGACCUCGAAUGCGGAACCGAGCCAGCAACCAUCACCGCCGAUGCCGAGCCCCGAAGUGCCUCAUCGGAUGAAGAAUCGACAACCGGCGAGCCAGGCGCCAACAACGAGUAUAAUGACCUGACUCCGGUCCCCACGAACACCAGCGCCAUCGCUCGCACCCUCACUGUCGUGCGCACACGAGAUUCUGGCAAAGAUCUCGGCCCGCCGCCGGACGGGGGCUUCCAGGCCUGGUCGCAGGUUGCACUGGCGCAUCUGAUCAUCUUCAACACUUGGGGGUACAUCAACAGCUUCGGCGUCUUCCAAACAUACUAUACACAGACAUUGGGUCAUCCGCCGUCCGACAUAUCAUGGGUGGGCAGCAUUCAAAUCUUCCUGCUCUUUUUCAUCGGGACGUUCUCCGGCCGCGCAACGGAUGCGGGCUAUUUCAGAUUCACCCUCACGGUGGGCGCCCUCCUGGAGACCUUUAGCAUCUUCAUGACCUCGUUGUGCACCAAAUACUGGCAAUUGUUUCUAGCACAGGGUGUGGGACAGGGUAUUGGUUGUGGACUGAUGUUCUGCCCGACAUUGGCGCUGAUCUCGACAUAUUUUGCCAAACGGCGCGGCAUUGCCCUCGGUCUUGUUGCCUCGGGCUCUGCGACGGGAGGACUGGUCUUCCCUGCGGUGAUUAUGCGCCUGCUUCCGCGCGUUGGAUAUGGAUGGACGGUGCGAACGCUCGGGUUUAUCACGAUGGCUACGCUGAUCCCCUGUCUGAUUUUCCUGAAGCAACGCCUACCGCCGCGCACCACAGGACCAAUCGUUGAAUGGGCCGCAUUCACUGAGCUGCCAUACGCGCUGUUUGCACUGGGGAUGUUUAUGAACUUUUGGGGUCUGUACAUCGGGUUCUUCUAUAUCGGCAGCUUCAGCCGCAACAUCAUCGGUGUCUCCGACACAACUUCGAUCGACUUGCUGAUGGUCAUGAACGGCGUCGGACUCGCGGGCCGGUUAAUCCCCAAUCUGGCAGCCGACAAAUGGACCGGUCCGUUCAACCUGCUCCUGCCGUUCAGCUUCGCCACCGGCGUGGUGGCCUACUGCUGGGCGGGCGUGUCCAGUCUGUCGGGCCUGUGGGCAUUUGCCGUCUUCUACGGCCUUUUCGCUGCGGGCAUUCAGUCUCUGUUCCCUGCCACACUCAGCACAUUGACCACAGAUCUCAAGAAGAUCGGCGUGCGCAUGGGCAUGGUCCUUAGCGUCGUUGCCAUCGCGGCGCUCAUCGGCUCGCCCAUUGCCGGGGCUCUGGUCGAGCGCGAUAACGGGCAGUACCUCUUCGCGCAGAUGUUUAUGGGUAGUGCCAUCUUCGGGGGUUUCUUGAUGCUGGUCGGGGCCCGAGUGGCCAAGGUGGGCACUGGUCUGGUGCGCGUGUAA